AGUUGUUCUAGGUUUUGACAUGACGUCAAUGCCGAGUUUCCUAAUGAAUUCUAAUUUUGCACCUUUGUAAUGUGUAUUUGUGUGUUGAGUAAUUUAGUUUUUAUUAUUUUGUAGGUAUUCGUAGCAUCUGGCCAUAGUAUUAUUUCGUUAUUUUUUGUUUUUAAAUUAGCUGACUAGUGACCAAAUACAGAUCAAUUAUUUAUUAACACAUAUUAUUUUUAGUUUAAUUUAAGAACAUCAAAUUUUUUUUAAUAAUGUUCUCCACAAAAUAUUUAUACAUACUUUUUGCUUUAUUAAUGCCGUGUAUAGCCUUUGAAUCUUUAGAUUUAAAGUGUGAAGUGUGUUGUCGUCUUGUCGAAGAAAUACAACGCAAUGUUAGUUCGGUGGAAGCAGCGAACAUUGUGCAAGUUUCUAAUUUUCGAUUGGAUGGCAAUGGUGAUCAAAUAAAACAGACUGUUCCAUUAGCACGGACGCAGUUAUACUUAACAGAGGUAAUGGAUUCUGUAUGUGAAAAGAUGAAUGAUUAUGUACGUGCUACAUAUAAGAAAAAUGGUACGUUGACAGUUAUGCCAUUGAUACUAGAUGGAAAAAUGAACCCGUUGAUGAGUGAGGUGGAUGUGGUUCAAGACUCUGAUCUGAACAAAAGCUUACAAUAUUUUUGCGAAGAGAUUGUCGAUGAUAUUGAAGAAGAUCUCAUAAAUAUUAUUAAGUCUGAAGAUGAUGACCACCUUGUUCAUUCCAUUUGUACUAAUGUUAUGCAUUUGUGCCCAAUAAAAAACAAUAAAGUAGAAUUAUAACCAA